AUUGCCCUGUUAUUUGAAGAACCGGGGAAUUAAUAGGUAUACAGAGCGUGCAAGGAUAAUUUCCGGGAGUAAUUCGGCGGGAUUAUCAAUGCAUUUGGGAAGCCAUGGCGAUGGGGAGGAGGGAUCCCUGAUUUGACCUCACAUGACAUAAAGGAGUACUGACAGCAAAACCAUUGCCGGAUUUUACAUUCUGUAAAAUGGGGAUGCCAGUCAAAGCAACUCUACUGGCACUAUUAUGGCAGAGUGCAUGGACUUUGGACAUACCGCUAGAAAUCAGACAGCCCCCUACCAUAAUAAAGCAGUCUGUGAAGGAUCACAUCAUGGACCCAAAAGACACUAUGGUCAUAGAAUGUGAAGCCAAAGGAAACCCUCAUCCAAUUUUCUCAUGGAGACGCAAUGGGAAGUACUUCAAUGUGGCACGUGACCCUCAGACAUCGAUGCGCAGACGCUCAGGGACGUUGGACAUCUAUGCCUGGAACAAUCCAGAACAAUAUGAGGCCGAGUAUCAGUGCAUCGCCUCCAAUGAAUAUGGCUCUGCGUACUCCAACAAGAUCAGACUGCGACUAUCCAGAGCUCCACUAUGGCCGAGAGAGAUUCUGGAGCCUAUUGUAAUAAGUGCUGGCCAGCCCCUGGUCCUGUCCUGUGACCCCCCACCUGGACCCCCUAAACCUGAAACUUACUGGAUGUCCAGCUGUUCAUAUGCGCGACCUUUCAGCUGGCCCAUUCAGACUGCUUUUCCCACCAUGCAGCCCGUGCGGCAGGACCGCAGGGUAUCCAUGGGAGUGAAUGGAGAUCUGUACUUCUCUAAUGUCCUGAUCAAUGACUCGGCCACUGACUACUGCUGCAACGCCCGCUUCCCACACAAGAACAUCAUCCAGCAGAAGAUGCCUGUGGUCGUUAAGGUGCUUACAACCCGUACAGUGGCUGAGGCCGCUCCCACCUGGCUGUCUCCCACCGGGUCAUCAAGCUCCAUCCUGGUCCUGCAGGGGGAGGAGCUGCUCAUCGAAUGCAUCGCGGCAGGAGUGCCAACUCCUCACAUUUCUUGGACCAAAGAUGGAGAGAAACUGGCGGUGAAGUCAUACAUGAAAGUGAAGAAUUUCAACAAGAUGAUUCAAAUCCCCAAAGCCUCUUUUGAUGACACGGGGGAAUACGUCUGCACUGCUACCAAUAAGGUCGGGUACAUCGAGCACACAAUUACAGUAGGAGUCAAAGCGGCCCCAUUUUGGUUGGAGAGGCCCACCGAUUUGGUCUUGGCCCCUGAGGAAAAUGGGCGCUUAGUUUGUCAGUCUGAUGGGGCCCCUCGGCCCACUAUCCGCUGGUUCAUCAAUGGAGAGCCAAUUGAAAAGGCCACCCCACACCCCAGCAGACAGGUGUCGGGCGACACGCUGAUCUUCCGUGGCGUGAACCUCGAAAAUACUGCUGUCUACCAAUGCAAUGCCUCGAAUCAGUAUGGCUACCUAUUAGCCAAUGCUUUUGUCAACGUGUUACAUGCAACUCCGCGCAUACUGGGGCCCAGACACGAGAUGAUGAAGGUGGUGGAGGGAAGUCCUACGUUCAUUGACUGCCGCUACUUUGGUUCUCCAGUGCCUGAUUUGAGAUGGUCUAAAUAUGGACAAGGGAAUCUGGAAGGGGGUCGUUUUAAGAUUCACAGUAAUGGGACACUGGAGAUCAAGCGCAUUCGUGUAGAUGACCAGGGAACUUACCUGUGUGUCGUCAGCAACAUCGCAGGACGAGAUGAGAGUCAAGUCCGAAUAGAAGUAAAAGAGCCCACUGUGAUUUCCAAAAGACCACAGAACAUGAAAGUUAUUCGCGGGACCGAUGUUCGCUUUGAAUGUAGUGCAAAAACCGAUGUCAGUACACCUGCCACAACUACCUGGUUGAAAAACAAAAAAGCAGUCUCGUUUAAUUGGAGAACCUCGCUGGAUGAAUCCAACCUGGUCAUCACCACUGUAAACACAGGCGAUGAGGGCAAUUACACCUGCAUCAUCAAGACUGAAAUGGGUCAGAUGUCUGCCUCCGCUCGUCUCAUGGUGAUGGACCGCCCCAACCCUCCCACUGACUUGGAGCUAUCAGAUCCAUCCGAGCGCAGCGUAAGACUCACCUGGGUUCCUGGAGACAGUCACCAUAGUCCCAUCUCAGAGUACCUGGUGCAGUAUGAUGAAGAUGACUGGUUGCCGGGCAAGUGGAGGAACCUGUCCACCUACCCUGGGAACCUCAACUCUGUUAUUCUGCAGCUGUCACCCUUCAGCUACUAUGAGUUCCGUGUCAUCGCUGUCAAUGCCAUUGGACUGAGUCGUCCUAGUCGCCCGUCCAUGCGCUUCCAGACUAGUGGCGCACCUCCAGAUGCCAUUCCAAAGAACAUAAAAGGUGUUGGCACAUGGAGGAAUAACAUGGAGAUCAGCUGGGAGCCACUUACAUACAGAGAGUGGAACGGGCCUCAUCUAAAAUAUCUGGUGUGGUGGAGGAGGAGAGACUCAAGGGAGGAGUGGAAAAAUGCCACCACAAAGUGGCUGAGAUACUACAUCUACGACGCAGACACCUUCACUCCGUAUGAAAUCAAAGUCCAGGCUGUCAAUGAUUUCGGGAUGGGCCCAGAGUCUUCUGUUGUCAUUGGGUAUUCUGGGGAAGAUCGUCCUCUAACUGCUCCCUUAAACCUGAGAGUGUCUGACAUAGAAAGCACUCAGGUGACUCUACAUUGGGACCCAGUGUCUCGUAGCUCCAUCAUGGGGGAACUGAAAGAGUAUAAGGUGUAUUACUGGAGGGACAGUAGCCAGCUGAGAUGGAUGGGUGUCAGCAGGGCAAUGAAAUCUAAAGCUUUCAAAAUCAAUGGACCAGAGCCCUUAGGGGUUCUCAGUGAGCUCUUCCCUUAUAGCAACUAUAAGCUGUACAUAGUGGUCACUAAUAAUCGAUAUGAAGGACCGCCUAGUAAUACCAUAGAGUUCUCGACCCCUGAAGGAGUACCAUCUGCUCCGAGAUCCUUCAGAAUCCAACAGCGACAUCUGGAUACCAUUUAUGUUGACUGGGAUUUGCCAGCUGAACCCAGUGGAAUUAUUACUGGUUAUUCUCUGAAGUACCAAACAGUGAAUGCCACCAGAGGAGAGGAAAUGCGAACUGAGGAAUUCCCUUCAAAUGUGACCAGUUUCUCCGUCCGCCGAUACGACCGCUACACUCGAUACAGAUUCUCCCUGGCUGCACGAACUCGAGUAGGGAUAGGGGAAUGGCACACCGAGGAGUCCCCACAUUAUACCACUGAAGCUUAUGCUCGGGAUCAGGUGGACAUCUCCACGCAGGGCUGGUUCAUUGGAAUAAUGUGCGCUGUGGCUCUCAUCAUACUCAUCCUGCUCAUCGUCUGCUUUAUCAAGAGGAGCCGCGGGGGGAAAUACCCAGUCCGGGAAAAAAAAGAUAUUUCCCUAGAGCCUGUGGAUGACAAGGACCAGGAGGGAUCAUUUGACUAUCGGUCUCUUGAAAGGAUAGCACGUGUCGCCACACUUCCCUACCCCAGACGGGAGGAAGAGAGGGGUCUACAGAGAGGCCAGACAUCGGUGGAGGCGAUAAUGAAGCGAACGGACAGCGACGACAGUCUGGUGGACUACGGCGAAGGAGGCGAGAUCCCGUUCAACGAGGAUGGCUCGUUCAUCGGUCAGUACACAGGGAGCAGGAGGGACCUCAGGGAGGAGAUGGACUUCGGCGGGACCCUGGAGCUCCAUUCUCCCAUGAAUGCCAUCUACUCCCUGGCUUAACUGUCUACCGGUGUGAGCACAAAACUGGUCCACUAGGAGUCACCCCUCCAUCUUUACUCUGCUUCAACUCCUGCCUUUCAUGGAGAACCUGGAGGAACGGCAGUGGUUGUAGUCUAGCUUUGCUGUGCUUGCAAGAGAGAACACUGGACCCAGAAGUUGCCUCAACCAUUUAUCUUCUUGCGUCUUGCAUUGACAAUGCAACACACAAGCAUUUUAACCAGAGUAUAUAGGGACAGUUGGGACAAUACCACAGGAGAUAAGACUCUUACCCACAUAAAGAAAAAGAAGCUUCACAUUUUAUAAUGAUCCUCCCUGCAUGUAGUUGCACUGUGUGUGUGUGUGUGUGUGUGUGUGUGUGUGCGUGCGUGCGUGCGUGCGUGUGAGUGAAUAUGUUUGGAUAUGUUACAUUCAAGUGUGUACAUUUUCAAUUAUCCCACUAAUGGAGAGAAAGUGACUGCCCAUCAAAAGAAAGAGAAGUGGAUACGUUUAUCAUGUUGAUAAAUGCAAUUGCAACUGUAACGGAGGGCUAGCCUGACUACAUAGUAGAUCACCUUCUAGAUUUCUUUUUCUUUCUUUCUCUCUUUUGGUCUUUCCUUCUUUUUCUUAUUAUUUUAGUAACAAGGUGUAUGUGGUUUUUGUACGAUCUUAAUCAUUUUAUUUAAGAACUGCAUAGCAUCAUUUUGAGUUCGAUGGAAUUUCUUUAAGCGAAUCGAUCGUGGGAAAUAAUUAAUAUUCAGCCAGACUGCGAUGCUAAAUACAGUACCAGCAAAUUCAAAGUGAGAAAAUCAUUGGAUACGAGACAGAUUGUUCACUGACUUUCCAUCAUUCAGUGGAAUGAUCGAAUGCAGUUCCAUCACUUGGUAUGCUGAGAGUCCCUUAGUUCAUAAAUUAACCCUGAUUACUUUUUCCUUGACUCUCAUUUUUAUCCACCGCUGAUUAAAGUUCAAUGUGGGAGUAUCAAAAUGUUCUUGCUGAUAGCUGAAGGAUGAUAAAUCAUCCAGGCGACUUCAUGAGUCACCUGUGCUGUAAGUUGAAUAUUUUGUUGGCUUGCAUUUUGGAGCCUUGCUUUUGAUUGAGGUCAAUAGGCCAAACCAGCCCGUCAUCAAAGGGCAAGCGGCCAUAAACCAACCAUAAAAUUAGGCUGUUAUUUCUUCAUGAAUGGCCUUAUUGUUUCUCCCACUCACACAGAACAAGGCUACAUUAAAAUAAUUAAUACUUGCGUAACAGCUUUUCUGUGUCUUUAGUUGACUGGACUCAGAACAUUAUCGUUGUAUUACCACAGUUGUGUCCUAAACUUAAUAAAGAGAUUUUCAA